UUUGUUUGAUCUAAAAAAAAAAAACAUAAUUUUGACAUCCUCGAUUCCUCGCCUUGUUCUCAUAAAAACUCGAAAUAAAAUUAAUUAAACCGAAUUGACAACGAUCAAUUAAUAAAUGGGACAAUAAAUUUCGCAAGCGGCAUGUAAUUGCAACGCAACAGAUUCAUUUAAAUCAUUGUUUAAGUUCAUGCAAGUAACCUCUAAAAGUUAUUGAAAGUUUGGGAGUUAUUUUUAGUUUUAUUCUAAAAGUUUGGCACGCGAAUUGAUGACCGUAAAACUGAGAGAAAAUAUGGCCAAAGAGGAGGAAUAUGAUAAGCUGCCGGAUAAAGAUGCUGCCAAAGAGUUUUAUGCCAAAUAUGAGCCUAAGGAGAUCCUCGGAAGGGGUAUAUCAUCUACAGUCAGAAGGUGUAUUGAAAAAGAAACUGGCAUAGAAUAUGCUGCUAAGAUAAUUGAUCUAAGCAAUGAUGACUCCUCAGUUGAUGCCACUCGACAAGAAAUUAAUAUUCUACGAGUUGUGGCGGGACAUCCUUACAUUAUUGAGCUUCAAGAUAUUUUUGAGUCUUCCACCUUCAUGUUUUUGGUGUUUGAGCUUUGUAAGCAUGGUGAAUUGUUUGAUUAUUUAACAUCUGUGGUGACUUUAAGUGAGAAAAAAACUAGAUAUAUUAUGAGGCAAGUGUUUGAGGGUGUCCAACAUAUACAUUCUAGAGGAGUAGUGCAUAGGGAUCUUAAGCCAGAAAACAUCCUACUUGACGACAACUUAAAUGUAAAAAUAACCGACUUUGGGUUCGCCAGAAAACUGGAAGGGUCAGAAUUACUGCAUGAUUUAUGCGGCACCCCUGGUUAUUUAGCUCCAGAAACGUUAAAAACUAACAUGUUUGAAGACGCACCCGGAUACUCGUACGAAGUUGAUAUUUGGGCCUGCGGGGUCAUCAUGUAUACCUUGUUAGUUGGUUGCCCCCCAUUUUGGCACAGAAAACAAAUGGUUAUGUUACGAAACAUAAUGGAGGGAAAAUAUUCGUUUAGUUCCCCAGAAUGGGCCGAUAUAUCCGAGUCCCCGAAAGACCUUAUUAGGAAAUUAUUGGUGGUAGAUCCUAAGCAGAGAAUCACUAUUGAUGAGGCUUUGAGGCACGAGUUCUUUCAAUCUGUGCAACUGUGGGAUCAAGAUAUUUCUUCUCUGAAGAAAUCCUUCAGAAGAGAUUCGCGUAGGAUGACGCUCAUUUCAGAAAUGGCUUUGAAACUACAUACGAGCGGGUUCGACGCAAGACGUAAAUUCAAAAUGGCCAUUUUAUUCGUGCGUGCGAUGGUACGAAUCCAACGUUUGCGUUUCACCCCCGAACCGCUCUCCCUUGAAGCAGCCAGAUGUGAUCCUUAUAGAAUUAAGCUUUUAAGAAAAAUUGUGGAUGGCUGUGCCUUUAGAGUUUACGGACAUUGGGUGAAAAAGGGCGAAGGCCAAAACAGAGCCGCCCUGUUUGAAAAUAGCCCGAAAACCGACCUGAAACAUAUAUAUCUUGCGAAUCUUAGCUUAUAAAAUCGGAGUUGAUUUUAGGCAAUUCGCAAGUUCCUUUUUUAGUUUCAGUCGAUUUAUACAAAUAGUAGCAAUUUGUAUAUAACUUAUGCAAUAAAUUGACAUUCGUAUAAUAUGUAUUAAAUUAAUAAAAAUCAGGGUUAGUACCAAAGGAUUUAACCCUUUUAUAGGUAUUGAAUGAUAGUUACUUUGUGAAAGUAUACCAAAAUUAUUAUGUUGUGAUAAAUGCAAAAUGCAAUAGGUUCUAAUUAUUUUAAUAUGUUAAUUAGUUUGUUUUUCUUUGCUGUGUAAAAUUUCGAAUUAAUAUUUUAUAAUAAAAACACCGUGGUCGUA